UCAGAACAAGUUCAUGCAAAGAGGGGCGAACAGGAACAAUACAAAUUGUUCGUAUUGCCUUCCUGUGUGCUGUUGCACUUAGGACGGUGUGCGAUGUUGAUGUUUUUCUUCUCUUGUUUUCUUAAUCGUUCGUGUACAAAAAGCCCUAAACGUUUGAAAACUGCAUGGGAAAGGAUACCUUGGCAAAAGCGAGCAGAACGGCCACAAGCAUGACAGAUUUUACAUCCUUAAAAUUUGUAAUGCUCUCCUGGACGAAUAUGCCCGACUUAUCCUGUUUCGCGAACAGAACACGAAUGCCCCAGAUUUGCCAUCCUUGUAUCCAGCAUGACAGAUUGGAUGACUUUGAAAUUUGUAAUGCAAACAGGACCCAUUUUGUAGUAGACCUUGCGCUUAAAGAUAUCACGGUAGGCAAGAAUAUUACUAUAUAUUUUUCGACCCGUCAGUUAACAGCUCUCGAAAGUCAAGCUACAAAAUACGCAUUACAAAUUCGAAGGAAGCAAGAGAAACCGCAAGACAAGUGUGAACUUUUAGAAAGAACAAAAAACAGAAAAUGA